AUGUCGACUACCAUAGCCACAGAAAGUACAGGAAGCAAGAAUGUCUCCCAGGCAUUCGAUCUCGAACGACAAGGCUCGGCUGCCACUGCAGCAGUAGCUCCGAAGUCGCUGGGGGCCGGGUCCGCAUUAGCUCUGGGCGCAUUCGGAACGACAUUGACAACCUUAUCACUCAGUCUGAUGGAAUGGCGCGGUGUGACCAUCACCAACGUCUACGUGGGAAAUUUCUUCUUCAUCGCUGCGUUUGGACUGGUCAUCACCGCGCAGUGGGAAUUAUCCGUGGGAAAUGGGUUCGCGUAUACGGUGUUUAGUGCCUUCGGCCUCUUCUACGCCGGCUACGGCGCCAUCCUAACCCCGGCCUUCGGAGUAGCCCAAGCCUACGGCUCCGACACGACACAAUACAACAACGCGCUGGGGUUCUUCAUGAUCCUGUGGACCGUGUUCGUAUUCACCUUCCUCAUGGCCUCUCUGCCCAGUAAUCUGGCGUACAUUGCCGUGUUUUUCCUGGUGGAUUUGGGGUUUCUGACCGUGGCGGCGAGCUAUUUUGCUGAGGCGGACGGACACCACGCGUCGUCGGUGGCACUGCAAAAGUCCGGGGGGGUGUUUUGUUUCGUGGCAGGGCUGGUGGGGUGGUAUAUUGUGUUGCAUUUGUUGUUGAAGAAUAGUCUUGUGGAGUUGCCGUUGGGGGAUACCUCGCGGUAUUUUGCGAAGACGCGGAAGAGGGCCGUUGCGGAGGAGUGAUUGGAGGAAGGGAAGCCGAGAGGACGACUCCGUACUUAGUGGUAGAUGGACAAAGAGAUAGCG